AUGAACACAGAAGAAAAGAGACCAAGGACUGCUUUCAGCGCGGCACAGCUCAAUAGAUUGAAGCACGAGUUCGCUGAAAAUCGUUACUUAACUGAACGCCGUCGCCAAGCACUAGCUGCAGAGUUGGGCCUAGCCGAAGCUCAGAUCAAGAUAUGGUUUCAAAAUAAGCGAGCCAAGAUCAAGAAGGCUACCGGACAACGCAACCCUCUUGCGUUGCAGCUGAUGGCUCAAGGAUUAUAUAACCACACAACAGUUAACGAAAGCGACGAAGAGGAAGAAAUUAACGUUACGUAA